AUGGCUCCAAGGAGAUCUAAGACGAAAAGGACUACGCUACUUUCGCAUACUCGACCGCCAACAGUCAGGACCAAACAUGCAGCAUUGUCAUCCAGAGCUACACGCACUCUUAUUCGCUCCCAUCAUCGACUUCUCAAAAAGCGAGUACAGGCUCUAGAAGCUCAAGAUGAGGUUCUAGUUGGGAAAAUAGAUGCCCAGAUUCAAGAAAACGGCGGGUUAGAAAGUUAUCAACUCGCCAGCAAACUCGGACAAUCGCUAGAACGUGGUGGAGACUCAAGUAAGGUUUUGGUUGAUUGGUUGAGUCCCCAACUAUCGCAGUUGAAAGAUACAAAGUCAAGACUUCGGGUGCUUGAAGUUGGCGCUCUCAGCACUAAAAAUGCUUGCUCUACGAAUCAAUGUUUAGAUGUCACAAGGAUUGAUUUGAACUCUCAGGAGCCCGGAAUAUUAAAACAGGAUUUCAUGGAAAUGCCACUACCUCGCGAUACUGCCGACCAAUUUCACAUUAUCAGCCUUUCGUUGGUUUUAAAUUAUGUCCCAGAUGCCGUUGGUAGGGGAGAAAUGUUGAAGCGCUGCGUUGCCUUCUUAAGAAAGACACCCCUGUCAGGGUCAUCUGUCCAUGUCACGCCCAGGUUGUUCCUAGUCCUACCUGUGGCUUGCGUUAACAACUCACGAUAUCUUACUGAAAGCAAGCUGCAAGACAUAAUGUCCAGUAUGGGAUUUGUCUUAACGAAGAGCAAAGAGACUUCAAAGUUGAUAUUUCAACUUUGGGAGCACAAUCAAGACUUCCAACCCAAAAUCUUCAAGAAGGAGAUUUUGAGACCUGGAAGAUCCAGAAACAACUUCGCUAUCGUUGUUAAAUGA